CUUGCGCCAUUUGUGCCCCCACAUCCACGAUCACGCUCAUACGGACACAGCCACACACACACACACACACACUUAUACACACGUUCCACCAGUGAUUCUCAUCAUCGCAUUGCUCCCAGAACCGGAGUCACUGUUGGAUUUAGCAGCUGGUGCCUCCUGUCAGUUAAGGUGGAAGGAGCUGCUAGAGACAAGUAGAGCAAGACCAGUUACACAGAGAUGUCAGACUCUUCGAGUUAGCAACAUUUCUACUAUGAUGGGAUUUUAAAGGAGAGUCAACAGCUCUCCUCUCAGGGACAGUCCUCUGCAGUCUCUCUCUGAUCAAGGGCCUGGCUGGGAGCUUUCAUCCAUAUCAUUCCUCUUUCCGUUCACCUGCCUUUCCCCCUGCCAUGAAAGGCCUAUCCAGUAGUCGGAGUCACCACCAUUUGGUCUCCUAUGAACCAUCAUAUGAGCCCCUGGGUCACCAUUUUGAGCGCAAGCCAUAUUUCAUCAGUCAGAUGGACAUGCCUGUGCCCGUUCCCAUGCCAUCUGAGCUCCCCUAUUACAGUGCUCAGCGUACCUCGUACCCCCCUGACAGCAACAGCAUCGUCCCAUAUGGAACCUUCCCAAGGAGGUGUCACUCUACCUCCUCAUCUCACCAUCCUGAGGUAAAGGAUGAGUGUAUGGCCAUGGUACCAUAUGUAGGAGGAGGAGGAGGGGGGGGUAGAGGAGGCUAUGUGGGUAAUAUGCCCACUCGGGUACCAGCAAACUAUGCAGACCCGUUUGAGCGUCAGUCGUCAUUUUCCAGAGAUGGCUACCAUACACUGCAAUACAAACGAGGAGUUCUUGCCCAGAGCGGGGGUAUGGGGGCCAACAACAACAACAAUGACAGUCCAGGGAGAAUUCGUCACCUGGUCCACUCAGUCCAGAAACUCUUCACCAAGUCACAUUCACUGGAAGGGCCACACCACACACAGUCCUCCAAAGGGGCCAACAAUGGGAGCGUUAAUGGUGGUGGUGGUGGCGGAGGAGGUGGUGGUGGUGGUUCAAGGGCAAGCCCAGAAGGUGAAACUCCACCAGUGGGAGUGCGCCACCGGAAGCGCAGCAAGAGCCGGGAGCGCUGUCGAUCAGCGGAGCCCAAGCAUCGAAGCCACCACCACCACCACCACCAGCUCCACGGCUCAGCAUCUGCUCCUGGCUCUGGAUAUUGGAGCUCAGAUGACAACCUGGAACGGGAGCUGUGUCUCUACCACCCUCACCACCACCAACCUCCACCCUCCCCAUCCCCCUCCAUUUCCCCCUCACCUAUCGCCAUGACAAUGGGCCGGUACCCUGGUAACAACCCUGACAAGUUCUCUCAGACUCCCCUCCCCAGUCUCUCCUCCUCGCAGCCCCAGCAGUACUUCAUGAUGGACCCCUAUGGCACACUCAGCGAGCAUACACACACCCACGCACACCAUGGCCACACACACCACCAUUCUGCACUCAAAGCCUCCCGGAGCAACAACGAUAUGAAGUAUGCAGCGUCCUCAGCAUGUGUGCCAGUUAGUGAUAGCAGCAAUAACAGCGGUGGCGGUAUCGGUGGAGGAAGUGGCCAUUUGCUACCAAUGAGUCUUGUGGACGGGCCCCUUGUGAAGAAAGGGGCAUGGUCAUCAAGCCUUACGGUGAGCAGGGCCCAAGAGGUCUACACCAACAACAGCAGCCACAACCAACUACGAACCAGCGCAGGAUCCGGUAACCUAAACCUAGAUAGAGCUCUAGUCAAAUCUAGGGGCAGUCAGCAGGACCGCUCUUGCCAUUUCUUACAGGUACCUCAGGAUGAAUGGAGCAACUUCUCUCCUUUGGGAAAGGAGGAUGACAUCCCCUGUCGGAGGAUGAGGAGUGGCAGCUACGUAAAAGCCAUGGCUGAGGAUGACAGUGGAGACUCUGAUGGGAGUCCCAAACCCUCACCAAAAAUGCAGGCACGCCGGGCUAGCUACCUGAAAGCCACACAGCCAUCACUGACUGAGAUGACCACUCUACAGAUUUCAACGGAGCACUCCCCCAAACUGCAGAUCAGGAGCCACAGUUACCUGCGUGCGGUGAGUGAGGUUUCAAUAAAUAGAAGCCUGGAUACCUUGGACCCCAAAACCCUCCUCGACCCCAAAUCGCUGCUGUCCUCACCCCAAUACCGCUCACGCAAUGAAAGCUACAUGAGGGCCAUGAGCACCAUCAGUCAGCUGAGUGAGGUAGAAGUGAAUGGCCAAAUUGAGCAGGUGUGUGAGCAGCUCUACAGUGAGAUGCAGUCCCAGGCAAUGGAGGCUGCUAUGGACAGCAUGGACACCAUGGACACUCUCCCCAUGCCAGGGUGCUUCCGGAUGCGAAGCCACAGCUAUGUAAGGGCAAUCGACCAAGGUUGUGCUGGGGAAGAGGAAGGGGAAGGAGGAAGACCGCUGCUCUUGCUACCCUCCUCCCCACCACGCACAUCUGCCACUACUGUCAGGACCAUACAGAGCAGCACAGUUUCAUCUUGCAUAACCACUUAUAAGAAAACCCCUCCACCUGUGCCACCUCGGACGUCCACCUGCUCCACAGCCUCCAAGCCAUAUAUCUCCAUUACAGCCCAGAGCAGCACAGAGUCUGCACAGGAUGCAUACAUGGAAGAGGAGGGACCAAGAGGGGACAUGACCAUCCAAUCAGGGCUCAGUAACUCAACAGAAAGCAUUGACAGCAUGAAAGCCUUGACAGCUGCCAUAGAAGCUGCUAAUGCUCAGGUCCAUGGACCAGCCAGUCAGCAUGUAAGUCACAGCACCAUGACAGCCAGUACCUCCAGCCCCUCAGUUCUGAACAGGGGAUCAAUGAUUGAAGACCACCGGGAUGAAUACAAGAAAGAAGCUCUCAGGAAGGGCAAAUGUCUCUCUAUAGGCAUCCAGGUGGACGGACCAGAAGAGCUUCCAGAUCCAGAGGAUCCAUCCAAAUUCACCUCUGUAGGGGUGCAAGUGGAGGAUGACAGAGGGUAUCGUCGGUUCCAGCGCUCCAACAGUGUGACAGCAGCUGUACAGGCAGAUCUGGACAUCCCAGACAUACUAGACAUUCCGCUAGACUCUCCAGACACUGAUAUGGAAGUCCUGUCAUCAGGUGCCAUCUCUCGACAAUAUUCCCGUGAUGCCGCAACUUCUACUGUCAGCAUCCAGGGCUCAGGGAACCACUACCACGCGUGUGCCUCAGAUGACUAUGAGGAUGUGGGCUUUGACCCGUCCAUCCUCCCUCCUCCUGACCCCUGGAUAGACAGUGUAUCAGAUGACCCGCUUAAUGUUACCUUCAACAGCUCUGCUAUUCUGGAGGCGGUGCAGCGGUCGGUGUGUCAGAGAGAUGGACGCUGGUUUCUGAAGUUGCUGCAGGCGGAGACUGACCGCAUGGAGGGCUGGUGUCGACAGAUGGAGCUGGACCAGCGGGAGAAUGACUUACCUGAAGACGUUCUGGGCAAAAUGAGGACUGCCAUAGGAAGUGCUCAGCUAUUGAUCUCCCAGAAGUUUCAACAGUUUAGAGAGCUGUGUGAGGAAAACCUGAACCCCAAUGCCCACCCACGUCCUGUGGCCUCAGACCUGGCUGGUUUUUGGGACAUGCUUCAACUGUCUAUCGAGAAUAUAAGCCUCAAGUUUGAUGAGCUUCACCAGCUCAGGGCAAACAACUGGAGACCCCUGGAUCCUCCUGAGAGAAAGCAUCUAAUCUUGGGGUUCAUCCAGGAGAGGAGGAUCCCACCUCCAGUGCCAAAAAAGCCACCCAAAGGGUAUCAUCAUCACCCUCCUCUGGCCAGAGACCGCUCACUGGAGAGCUCAGAGAAACAGCGGCAGGAGGCUAGGAAGCGCCUGAUGGCCGCCAAGAGAGCAGCAUCUGUACGACAAAAUUCUGCUACAGAGAGUGCUGACAGCAUCGAGAUCUACAUCCCUGAGGCUCAAACAAGACUAUGAGGACAGUAACAGGGACAUACAAAGGUUGACAUAUAAUACACAAAUACACCAAGCUUACACAAAACACAAACAAUGUAUGGUUGUCCACACCACGGUAUGGGUUGUAACCAAAUAUGAAUGCGUUAUUUAUAUUUGGUUUCAAAUAUUUACACAGUUUACCAUGAACAUAAUACUGCUGCUCCUCAGAAUUGCAAUUUCCUUCUAGUAAAAAUAUAGAUCUGACAGACGUUCAUUAAGAGUAUCUACAUAAUAUAUGAAUUAUUAUCAAAUAAAAUUACAUACACCGAUCAGCCACACCUGGCUUUCACUUGGAUGUUACUUAGACAUGUAGCACCAGACUAGAUCAGGCACCCUCACCCCAAUGACACUCCUUGAUGGCAGCAGACAUCCCCAGCAGGAUGCAGCCUCACACAGAUAUACACACAAAAACAACACAAAAAACCAUGAAAAACAUCAUCAUGUGUAUGUGGGAUGAUCCACAGAGGCCCUUCCUCUCAACCCUUAGGAACAGGCCCCAACUAACAACAUUGUUUUGCCUGACACCACAGGACACCCUCAGGAGGCCCAUGUCCAUUCUCUGAUGAGUUAGAUGAUGAACUGUUCGGGAGGCACAUGGGAGACCUACACAAUAUUAGGAAGGCAGUCAUGAUGUUAUGCCUGAUUGGUGUAAUUGUAUCGAUCCCCAUUGUGCCACAGAAACAGCUCUGAUCUCUCAAGGCAUCUUCUAUAAAAUGCCUCUGAAGGUGGCUUAAAUGAUCUUCUGCUUACUCACAAGAAGUUAGCAGACCAUCCUUGAGGUUGUUGCCUCCAUGGUUUAGUCAGUUUGGUUUGGUCAGCACACCUUACAAAUGCUCCAUUGGACUGAGAAAUUUAAAGGCCAAUUCAAUGCCUAAUUCAUGUGUUCCUCAAACUAUCCCUGAACUGUUUUUGCAGUGUGAAAGGCACAUUUAUCUUCAUGAAAGAGUCCACUACCACAAAGGGGUUUGAGUGGUCUGCAACAGUGUUUCACCAGUUGGUACACAGUGGUGGUGGUGGUAACAUCCAUAUAAAUUCCAGGACCAAAGGUUUCCCACAGGACGUUGCCCAGAGCAUCACACUGCUGGCUUAUCACUAUCCCAUAGUAAAUGCAUAUGGGCUUCCACAACAAAUUACAGUAUAUUCCAGUACAAAUACUCGGCUCAAAUAUCGAAUGUGCCAUAGCCAACAUUAAUUUCAUGGGGUUUUGAUGAGGCAACCUAAAUCAGAUAAGGUGUGAAUGAACAUCCAGUUAUCCAAGAUGCUUGGAAGAAUCUACAUGCCAAGUGUCGUUAUUCCGUCACACCUAUUACUGAACUACUAAUAAUUCAUACUGAGUAAAAUAAGAAAUAAAAACAACUAAUGACAUUAUUAUUUAAGGUACAUUCUAACAAUUUCUAAUGACAUAAUACAAACCCCUAUCACUUCUGGUAUACCCCUAGUACAUAUAUGUUUGUGUCAUAAACACAUACGUAUAAGGUGACUACUUAAAAUUUUGUUUCCAACUACAUAAUACCGGGCAGUCAUCACUAUUUAUAUCUUUACAACCACCAGCUGAUUUAACUGAAUUUAAUAAUCGUUUCACUCACAUAAUGUAUAAUGAGGAAGAUCCGGAUGAAAGUAAAAACAGUGACUGAAUGGAUUUUGUUGGAGGACCACUACUGAAAUGGUCUGCAUGCUGUGCUCCUCUACCAUAGUGGUACUCUAUUUUUACAGUGUUUAAUUCACCAUUUCAAACACCAUUGGUGGAAGCUGCCAUACGAAGUGCUCAUCUGCCAUUGGGAGCAAUUUCGGGUUCAUUGUCAAGCCCCAAAUAAACUUGAGCUAGGUCAAGGAUUAACAAACCAACCUCACAAUUGGUUGACACCCUGCUCCACUACCUGAGCCACAGCCGCUGACUAUGUCUCGUAGUUUGGACAAUUGUGGAUACUCAGUGACGGUAUGCUUAAAAAACAUGUGCUUGUUGGAUUGUCUACAAUAAGAGGAUUCUAAAUCUCCUUUCUUAUGAUUGAACAGUGACUUGCUAACCUUGCCUGUCUACAGUUCCAUAUCCUUAUGUGUCAAUGACCAGGUAGAGCAGCUGGAAACACUUGGACCAAAGGCAUAUGCUGAAUGUAUAAGCUUGUUUGAAGCAUUGUUUAUUCUUUAGAAUUAACCACCUUACUGUGUCAUGUGGAGAUAACGUACUACACAGUUUGAUACUUGGGAGAUGAACAAGCAUCAAACAAGGUAAUGUUAUAAAUCAUGUGUACCCUAUGCACAGAGGUGAUGGACAAUCUUACACAACAUAUAACUAUAUAAGAAAACACUUAGCAUACACAAUGAUUUCCUCUCAAAUUAAAAACACAUGAAACAAAGGUAAUUCUUUCAGGUCUUGUGGCUGUAUCAACACUGCAGGCUGGUGUAUUACAAAAACAGUGUCUCUCUCUUCCCUCUGGAAAAGGGAUUUACUAUGAUCACUGUUUUUUCUUUCAUCUUCCUCCCUAUCUCCAGUUUACACCGGUUCUUUAUGGAGCUUGAAAUGUUUUAAAGAACUGCUGUUUUAGAAGAAACUUAGAAGUAUUUUCAUUGUUCUGGACAUCAUUAAUUUUGUUUGUUAGUUUACAGCUUAGCAGUAAUAUUAUUGGAUCGCAGGGCCUGAGGCGUUGCAAACAGGAGCCAUUAGACAGGUUCAUGCAGGUUUUCUAAAACAUUUUUCUGUAUUCAAAAUUGGUUUCAACACUGUCUAAAGGCUUGUGUGCAUGCCUCAGCUCUAUUUUAACUUGUGAUGAACAAAACUAUAAAAACAUAACAUAGAUAGCCAUUAAAUGGAUUAUAAAGUGCCAAUAUUGUCAGACACUGUGUUACAGCCUCAAUGUACUGAUGCAUAAUAUGUUGGGAAAUUAACUGAUCUGGGUGUUUGUAUCACCACCCAUGCACAGGUCACACAUUUCCCCCCUUUUUGGUUUCAUUUGUAAUGAAAAUGCUAGGUUCUAAUAAGUAGUAUGAAGUUUGUAGUGUCUCUUAUGUAGCGACUGUAGUCACACAAUUAUAAUAUUGCAGUGAUCUUUCUCGUUCUUCACUUGACAUGCAAAUAAAGCAUACAUUAAAUGGGUUGAAACUGGCAGUAUCAAAAAUAAGAGAUUCAUCUGGCAAUUUAAAAACAUGAUUAAAUCUUCCAGGAACUAGGUAAUUUAAAUGUGCCUGAUCAAAGUCUGAGAUAGCCUCCAAUUAUAACCUAUGGUAUGUUAUAUCACAGUUUCUUAUGUUACUGCAAUGGUUUCAGUUUUAAGUAUGUAUGUUGACCGAGGAUCUGGUCACAUCAAAUACUGACAAGCAAACAGGUGUUUUUGUAAUUACAGAUAUUGGUAUCUUGCUAACUAAAAUAUCUGCAAAGCUAAAAUGAAAGCCUUCAUCUUGAACUCUGCAGCAGUAUCCUCAUACAUAAAAGCAGAUUUACUGAGCUAUUUUACAUAUCAGUAUUCACUUAAGAAUAUGACACAAAAACAGUCGUUAUAUUUUGUAACAACUUGUAUAACAUAUCCCUUCAUCUGUAUUACACUACCUACUACACACAUCUAAAUGCUGAUGUGACCAGCCUCUUACUUAACUAUAUAACAUCCUGUGAUGCGAGUCAACUUCCCAGUGUGUGCUGAUAGUUUGUCCUGAUCUCUGCACUGAUCUCUGUAUGUAAUUUUAGAUUACAGUCUUAAUGGAAUUGUAGUCAAGGUUCAUUUUCUGCUUAUCCGGUGUCCCUUGGUCUGCAAGCAAUUUGACUGAGUUUACAGAAAUAUAUGGUAACAAUCAACAGCUCUCUAAUAACUCUGCUCAAUGCAUACAUAUUUAUAUGCAGCUUAACUUUCCUUUCAAAGUGGAUAUGCACAGAAUUUGAACAAUGUGUAUUUGUCCUAGACAGGUUCUAAACAAAGAAUCCCUUUCAGGACCUUUUUCAAACUGCAGAUUUAAAUGACCCAAUCAAACAUCUGUUGCUAUUAAGUCAUUGAUCAACACUGCAUCCAACACAGAUCUGUACAGAAGUAGCAGCCAUUGCUGUAAGAACGAAAUCUUUUCCUCUGUUUCCUCGCAAAGUCCCUUGAUUUCGCUGCACAUCAGCUAACAGAUGAAACCAAUCACGCUAACAUGUGACCGCUAUGUUUACCUCUCCAUGACAAUAUGGUUGCUGGUCAGGACCAGCUCACACUGAGAAGCUGAUAUUAGUCACGCUGAAUACAGCCAAACAAUAAGGAUCCAAGCAAUAUUUCCUCAUUGAGCACAAAUGCUUGAAAUGGGAACUUAGCCUAGAAGUCAGAAUCUCACACCCUCUGCUGUUUUGAAUUGCUUUUCCCUCUCCAUUUUAUGCAUAAUAAUUUGCUAGAGCACUGCUGAAGUGCAAAGGGAAGUGACUUCGGCCACAGAUGUUUAACACCAGUCAGUACUGAUCAGCAGCAGCUGCCACUAUUGCUAUGCCUUCUGUGAGUUUUAGAAAAGAAAACUGAAGUGCCAUCAGAAAACAUUCCAAAUCCAUAUGGAUCCCAUUUUCCAUAGCCUGACAGCCAGAUUGGACCUGGUUACAACAGUGACAAUUAAAUAUCUUUGGGGCAAAGAAACACUUCAUGUUGUUUAUCUGUGAUAAUGCCAUUUAUACUACUAGUAUUUAUGCCAACAUAUAUUGUGACAACUUCUUAUAUAAAUACUGUCCAUUUCUUCAGAGUAACAAUAUAGAGAUCAAAAGUAGGAUGCUGGUGUGUUGUUGAUGAAAAUAUUCUGUACUUAUUUUCUUCUUUUGUAAAGAUUAUGCGUGUGUGCGGGGGAAGCAAUGUAAUUUUGUAUAGAAUCUGAUUACCUCUGUGUCUAAAUGAUAAUGAUAGCGACAAUGACAGUGAGCCAUAUUCAGUGUGAAAUACCCUUCUUAUUAAGAGGAAAGGGCCUUACAGCUGAUGAAUAAAUAUGUUGUUUGUUUGUUUGUUUGUUUGUUUUUACUAAUUUCUGUUACUUUUGUUUCUCGUAGCAAGCGUGCUGACUUGAAUUUGGGAGGAAAUGUAGAGCAGGAACAAAACGACAUAAAUGUGAACUGAGGAAAAAGGAAAAUUUUCCCAUAGCGACUCUGGAAACUUUUCAAAUUAAAAACUUGAUAACCCUUCAGAAGUUAUGACACUGGAUAAUAAUAAUAAUAAUGAGACAUGAGUAAUGGAGUCUAUCACAGGCAUCACAAAGUAUUGUUAGAAGUAGAAAUUGAGGUGUUCAUAGAGACAGUCUUUUAUUCAAAGGUUAAAUAAUUGCACAAUUGGUGGUAAACUGACUACCACAAAUCUUAGUAUACAUCACAUGAUUUAUUUAAAUAAUCUCUGCCUGCAAUUUUUUCAGUGUGAAAAGGAAAAUACUUUCAAUACAUAUGCGGUAAAACCAGCCACAAGUUAAAUGUGUCCGCAUCUUUCCAUAGUGUUUCAUUGCUUGUUUUUAGUAAAUCCCAACAUUAAUUUAAUGUUGAAAUGCAUUUUGUGCAGGUGCAAACAACUAGUGAAUCAGCCCUAUGGUGUACAAAGUGUUUUGAAUUAAGAAAAAAUCCAGUACAAUGAAUCGUUUUUGCAUGUGUUUGCAAGUGGUCUAAAAAAACACAAUUGCUGCGAAAUCUAAAAAGAGAACUUUACACAAUUAUUUUCAGUGUAUUGAAGUUACUGUAAUAACAUUUCAAAUGACAUAACACAUACAAGCUAAGAUAAACUUUACUUCCUCCCUAAAUGAAAAAUAUGAGAUCAAGUAACUAAUGAAAAAUACUACUUAUAUAAUAAUAAUUUCUUUUUAGUGCUUUACUAGUAUCAAACAUAUGUAUGUGAUAAAAUCCAAUUGAUAUAUCAUAUAUCAGUGAACUAAAGUGAAGAACAACUUGACAGAUGAAUACAUUUGUCCUAUAUGAAGCUCUGAAAUUUUUGUAAUUGAACGACAUAUUUAAAAUUGUGACAAAGCAAUAAAUUGUUUAUUUUCAACGUAAUGACCAUAAAGAAAAAUGCAAAUUAGCUUUAAUUCUUUUGUACACGAAGCCAGUUAUAAAAUUAUAUAUUUCAAUCCUAAAACUGAUUUUUUUUUUUUUUUUUUGUAAUUGACACAAUUAGUUUGAUCUUGUACUAAUUUGGUAAUGCCUAUUGAAAAUUCAUAGCAAACAAAUGUUUAUUUUACCUUUGUUUUGUUUUUCUAUGAUAUAUGUAGAAAAUCCUGGAAUUUCGUAGACAACGACUUUGGAUUAAAGGCUUCUGAAAGCCUUGAAACUCCAACCAAUGGUGUGCUUGAGUUCUGAAGGACUGUGUUUUGUUUUGUUUUGUUUUGUUUUUACUUGGGAAGAGAUGAGUCUAUAAAAUCAGGGUCUCCCACUCAUUAACGUUUGUAUGCUCUUCAUUUGUAUAUAUUAUCAUUUGGAAGAUGCACUGUGUGUUUGUGUCUCUAUAAAGUGCUUCCUGAGUCCCAUUUUUUAUAUGUUGGGCCUUUCCUCAAUACGGUCUAGUAGCCUCAUGGAGUGAUUCUGUAUAUUAACUCUCCGCUCAUACUUGCGACCAAUCUCUCGUGUUUGUACAGAAAAUUAUGAGGGUAUUUUAUGAUGCAUGCAGACAAAUAUUAGUACUUAUGAACCUAUAUCUAAGUUCAACAGAUGUAUUUGGUUUAUUUAUGCUCUUAUUUAUUAAUUUUCUAAAUUAUGAGAUUCUGUUGAAGUGGUCUGUCAUACUCUUCUAAUCUAAUCUUCUGUUGUAUUGUAAAGGGAGUAUUAUAUGUCUAUAACUGUUGAUGAGCCCAUAAUAAAAUGAACUAUAAACUCUUA